UGGGAGAUGCCAUAUUGGAAACGGGGGCAGCUGAAACGGAGACGUCGCUCGCGCUGCUGUUGCUCGAGCUCACGCGAACGAGGAGGAGAGGAGCAGAAAAAAAAAAAAAACCCAGAGGGGGGUCUCGAGGAGGAAGAGGCGACAUUAAAAAAAAACUUGGGACAGGGCUGACGGGCAAAAGUGAGAGAUGCAGUGAAGAAAAACGGACACGCCUCAGGUCAAAGGUUAAACGCUCACCAGGAAGCGAAGGUGCAGGAUGCAGUCUCGCAUGCAGGAGCAGCCAUUGGCCCUCACUGCGGUGAGGUCACACUAUCCGACCAAUGGGAAAGAAGAGGAAGUGAACACAGAUGCAGAUUCUAUUGAAGAAGAGGCGGAGUUCAACUGGGAGGAGUACAUGGAGGAGACGGGGGCCAACGCCGCCCCUCACACCACCUUCAAACAUGUGGAGAUCAGCCUGCAGAGCAGCUUCCAGCCCGGCAUGAAGCUGGAAGUGGCCAAUAAGAACAGCCCGGACACGUACUGGGUGGCCACCAUCAUCACCACAUGUGGCCAGCUGCUGCUGCUGCGCUUCAGCGGCUACGGCGAGGACCGCAAGGCCGACUUCUGGUGCGACGUCAUGACGGCCGAGCUGCACCCGGUGGGCUGGUGCACCCAGAACAACAAGACCCUCAUGCCCCCCGAAGAUAACGUUUACCUAAGAAAAGCCAUCAAGGAGAAAUACAGCGACUGGACAGAGUUCCUCGUCCAGGACCUGACCGGCUCCAGGACGGCACCGGCCAACCUGCUGGAGGGGCCUCUGAGAGGGAAGAACACAGUGGAUCUGAUCGUCGACGGCUCCGUCUCGGAGCUUCAGGACGUCUCCGACCCGUUCCUUUACUGGCCUGCUCGAGUCAUCCAGAACGUGGGAGGGAGGCUCCGCCUGCGCUACGCCGGUCUCUCUGACGACCAGCACGAUGAGGACGUCUGGCUGUUCUACCUGGAUGUCCGGCUCCGCCCGCUCGGCUGGGCUCUGGAGAACCGUCUCGCCUUAGAGCCGCCAACAGCGCUCAGGUCUCUGAAGAGCCCCUCCGACUGGCAGCAGGCUCUGGAGGACGCUCAAGACGACGGAGCAAAGAACCCGCUGCCGCUGGCGGUGUUCAAGGACCACGUAGACCUGCCCAAGCACUCCUUCAAGACGGGGAUGAAGCUGGAGAUGGUUUCUCCGUGGGAGCAGCUCCAGAUCUGCCCUGUUUCUGUCACCAAGGUGUACGAUGAGAUCUACUUCCAGGUAACGCUGGACGAUCUCACCGUUGACGCCAUGCCGCAGUUCGUGGUGUGUCACGCCAACUCGCCCGGCAUCCUGCCCGUCCAGUGGUGUCUGAAGAACGGUGUGGCUCUGGAGCGGCCCUGGGGGUACGAGGGCCAGGACUUCGACUGGGCCGACUACCUGAAGCAGAGCGGGACGGAGGCGGCCCCUGACACCUGCUUCCCCGACACAUGGCAGAACAGAGGCUUUGCCAAGGACAUGAUGCUGGAGGCGGUGAACCCUCACCGGCCAGCGGAGGUGUGUGUGGCUCAGAUCACACAGGUCAGAGGACGCCUGCUGUGGCUCCGACUGGAAGGUGUGGCGAAGCCCCUGUCAGAAUGCAUCGUGGACGUCGAGUCCAUGGACAUCUUCCAUGUCGGCUGGUGCGAGGCCAACGCUUACCCUCUGACCCCCCCACUCAAACCUGUCUGCCAGAAGCAGAAGAAGGUUGCGGUGGUCCAGCCAGAGAAACAGUUGGCUCCGUCCCAGCCGGUGGAGACGCCUCCUGUCAACCACUGCCAGCCCGUCGCCGUGGAUCCAGGCUCCGCCAACGGCAGAUACGGCUGCUCCAAGAUCUUCGUCAAUCACCGCUGUUUCUCAGGACCUUACCUCAACAAGGGACGCAUUGCGGAGCUGCCGCAGGCCGUCGGACCCGGGAAAUGCACGCUGGUCCUCAAGGAGCUGCUGAGCAUGCUCAUCAACGCCGCCUACAAGCCUGGACGAGUCCUGAAGGAGCUACAGGAGCUGGAGGAUCAGAGCUGGGACUGCCACGAGGAGACCCUCAAAGCCAAAUAUAAAGGGAAAACCUAUCGCUCCACCAUCCGGAUCGUCCGCCUCGCAGACCAGAUCCAAGACUUCUGCCGAAAGGUGUGCGUGAAGCUUCAGUGCUGCCCGAACCUCUUCGGGCCUGUCCUCGUCACCGACAAGUGCCCAGAGAACUGCUCCGUUCAGACGAAAACCAAAUACACCUAUUACUAUGGGAAGAAGAGGAAGCUGUCCAAGCCGACGGGAGGAGAGGAGGCGGCGGAGGGGGAGCUGGCCAAGCCGACACGCCGCAGGAAGAAGAGGAAAGCAAUCUUUGUGCAAAAGAAGAGACGCUCGUCCGCCGUGGACUUCACUCCCGCUGGCUCACCGCAGGACAGUGACGAGGGAGAGGAGGACGAAGACGCGGCGCUGCAGUCCGGCAGCGAAGGCACCAGCUCGGAGCCGCGGGAGGACCACACGGACGCCUCCUCGGUGGAGGUGACCAGCAGCCGUCCUCGCCGGACCGUGACGCUGCGCCGUGCCUUCAGCGCCGGCAACGCGGCGGGCGGCAAGGAGUCCCCUGAGGGCCGCCGGAGGUCAACCCGCUCGCUGUCCACCUACAACCAGAACAACAAGUAUCAGCCCGCCAAAGGACAAGACAUGCAGGUGGAGGAGGAGGGUCAGCUGGUUUUGGACAGGAAUCCUCUGGAGUGGAGCGUAGAUGAAGUCGUUCAGUUUAUCAACUCUACUGACUGUGCAUCCCUGGCCAACAUCUUCCAGGAGCAGGACAUCGACGGUCAGGCUCUGCUGUUGCUAACUCUGCCCACCGUACAGGAGUGUAUGGACCUGAAGCUCGGUCCCGCCAUCAAACUGUGUCACCAGAUAGAGCGCGUCAAGGUUGCCUUUUACAAACAGUAUGCCAACUGAACCAGCAGCAGCUGAACAGCCCGUCAGUGGAGAGGAACGCUGGAUCAGGUGCCUCCGGGUGGAAAAUGUUAGCAGCGUGGAGUUUUUACCGAUUUCCAACGUGCAAGAAGAAGGGAUUGUUGUUUGUUGGAAAGACGACAG